AAAUGUAACUAAAUAUGUUGCUAUUUGGUUUUUGUAAGUUAAAAAGUUAAAGAUUGAUCAAAUUUUAUAGAUACUUUCCGCUUCAUGUUUCCUGUUUAUAUCUUACUAUAUGACAGGACAACCAAUGGAAUAUGAAAGAAUUUUAAAGGUAUGGAGCAUUUGCCUGUUAAUUACGAUACUUGGACAAACAAGUGGGAUAUUUGGAGGCGUAGUUUUUGGUACUGAGUUAGGUAUGUUUUUAAUACCGAUAUGCAGUUUACCAUUAUUGCUAUUCUCUGGAUUUUUCUUGAAAUUAAAUGAAAUGCCGACAUAUCUGCAGUCAAUAAGCUUUUCAAGUUUUUUCAGAUUUGCAUAUGAAGGAAUAAUGCAGGCGAUCUAUCUUGACCGACCAAAACUGUUAUGCUCUGAAGCCUAUUGUCAUUUGCGUUCUUCAAACAAAAUUCUUUCAUUAAUGGGUAUGCCAACAGUGCCAUUUUACCUAACUCUGAUAAUACUUGGUUCUUGGAUACUUUGUUUACACAUGAUCGUUUAUGCAACACUUCUAUGGAAAAUUUAUUAUGCAAAAAAGUAAUGUAUUUAAAGUAAUUAAUUUUUAUCUCAAAUGAAA